AUGGUGGCAACCCACACGCUGGCGCGCGAGGCGGUGAGCCCGGCUGAUGCAGAGAUGGGCGACGACGGCGGAGUGGUCGUCACCUGGGGAGACGGCCAUGUCUCGCUCUAUUCAGCUGGCGAGCUGCCGGCGGUGUUUGGAAGCAAUCGAGUGGCGGCUCGUCAGCCAAUGCCGGAAGGAGUGGGGAUCUCGCGCAGCGGUGGAAGCCCCGCGGCCGGUGACAUUCCGCUGGAGCAGCUGGUGGCAUCUGGUGCGCUGGAGAUCGAUGCCGGGUUGGGCCAGGAGCAGUACACCGAGCAGGUGCUCGACAAUCUGGCGGCGUACGGUCUGGCGUUUGUCACCGGGGUUGAGCCAUCGGCAGCGGCGACCCGUGCCUUGCUCGAGGGCAUCUGCUUUGCGCGGGCGACCCACUACGGCGACUUUUGGGACUUUACUGCCGACCUGGAGCAUGGCGAUACAGCGUAUACCAACCUCGCCCUCCGCCCGCACACCGACGGCACGUACUUUACCGAUCCGCCGGGAGCCCAGAUCCUGCACUGCCUCGAGCACGACGGUAGUGGCGGCGACUCGGUCAUGGUCGACGGCUUUGCGGCGCUUGAUGCGCUUGCCGCCGCCAGGCCUGACCACUUUGAUCUGCUCUCUUCGACGCCGCUGCGGUGGACCUAUGUCGAUGCCAAUGACGUGUACUCUGCGGUGGCGCCGGCUGUGACCACCGACGCUGCGGGUGCACUCCGACAGCUGCGGUUCAACAAUGACGAUCGCGAUGGCUUCCCCGACGGCGACGCGUCCACCGUUGCUGCGUACUACGAGGCGUGGACCCACCUGAUGGGCCUCGUCAACGACGCCAACGCGCCCUGGACCGCCACCUUCAAGCUCCUCCCGGGCACCGUCUGCUUCUUCGACAACUGGCGCACCCUUCACGGGCGAACCGCCUUUACCGGCAAGCGCCGCCUUGCCGGCGCUUACUACUCUGCGCAGGAUCUUGCCUCGCGGCAUGCCCGCAUCAAGCGCGCUUAAAUCACUUGCCCUACAC